CACGGACAAGCCUGGUCAGUAAAAACUCAAAAGUUUUUUCCUUUCACCACAGACGAAUCAAAGUCAAUCUUUUUUCGCAAGACCAGUCCCAGUCGAAAUAAAAUGACGCGCUUGAUCGGCGUUGCAGUCCCCAACUGCUGGGUGGCUUCCGCUUUCGUUUUGCUGACCUCGUUCUCUGCUUUGCUACAGCAGCAAUGCUUGGUGGCAGUUUGGGCUCUACGUCCUUCGACGCGGGCCAGGUCCCCUUUCAGCUCUCCGUCCGGUCGUCGGGCCGCGCGAGGGCGUGGACAACCGCUCUUGUCACCUCGUCACCAGCAGGACCGGCAGGCGGCGGGAAGUGCCGCGGCACAACGAGGAGAGAGCUUUUCUCCUGAGGAUGUUGAUCUCGAGGCUGGUGGGCGAGGCGGUACUACGGCAGGUAAUCUUGCUGCUCAUGGCAACGUUGUUGACCACCCACCUGCUGUUGUUGAGCGUGGAGGUCCUCCUGCGGGCACGCCAGAGCAGGGAGCACCGACCGCUUCUCGCCACGCUGGAGUACAUGAAGGUGCAGAUGCGGUAGGUCUGCCUGCUGGUCAAGCGGAGCUGCUAGCGCCAGCCGCGGAGGUAGUUCUAGUGAAUGACGCAAGAAGAGCAAGAGACGAAGGACGAGCAGGUGCGGAAGGAGAAGGGGCGCGACGGGUGCCACAGCGACUCGCCGCUAUCGAGCGGGAAUUACAGCGGCUCGAACGCCACCAGCGCGAUAUGGAACAUAUGGCCGGAGGCAACCGGAUGGUCCGCAACGGCGCGGCAGCUACUGCAGUUCUAAGUGCAGCCUGGGGCGCGUAUCUUGGUGGCACCGCGGUCGGUGCUGGCGCGGCCGUGUCGGG